UAUUAAAUUGGUGCGAGGGUCAAACCUCAUGUCUAGCCUGGAUGGAGCUGUUGCCUAGCAACCAUACAGCCCACUAAACUGAGCUAAUCCUUUUAUAUUUGGGUCGAGAAGCCAUCGAUAUACUGGAUGACUGAUUUUUAUCCUAAAAGUGCGUGUGGCAGUUUUGACGAUUGUUCUGCACUGAUUUUCAUCGAUCAUGUGACAGAUUGGUAUUGUUGAGCUACGUUUGCAGUUCUGUCUAACGUGCUCCACAUUAAUUUCACAUUUACCUCUGCACAAAUGAAGUCGUAUGAAAAGAAUGUUUCCUCUUCAUUUUCACCAAGUACUGAAACCAGAAAAAAGGUCUUGACAAGAGUCUGCCGGGGGAAAAAAAUGUUACAAUGACAUUGCACACGUUAGACUUGUUUUUCUUGAUGUUUUUCCCUCAUUAAGAAGCUUCUUGCUGAGCUAAGGAGUAGCAGAGGUUCAGAAACCUUUAUCUAGUUGGAACAUUUGGCCCGUUGGAUUCACAUCUUUCGUUUGGCCGGCAACUUGAGUUUACAAGAGCUCAAGAUUCACAGUCUUCUCUUAACCUCAGGUGUCACGUCGCCGUGGUCUCCAGCCGAGGUCCGCUUAAUAAAGAUGGAGCGGCGGGGGGAAAGCGGCGACCAGUGACGCAUCGAAUCAAUCGCAGGUGCGUUAAGGCCAAAAGGUGGCUUGGAAAUGCCCCCGCGUUGCGUCUGGAGUCCGUCCCCCACGACCGCCGAUGGAGCUUGACGCGUCGGCUUUCCUCCGUCGGCAUCCAUGAUCGGGUCCGCCCGGCCGAAGGGCUCCAACCAUGUAGCGGCGUCGGUGUCGGGUGAUCCGAAACUUUCCCCCAUCAGCCACUAUGGAAGUGCAGACCACCUCCCUGGUGUUGAUUUACGUGAACGUCACAGUCAACGCUUCCGAUGAGUUCAACUCCACCGAGAGCUCGGAGAAGUCUUACACCAUCGGGCUCUUCCUAUCCUGCCUGUACACCAUCCUCCUCUUCCCCAUUGGAUUCAUCGGCAACAUCCUGAUCCUGGUGGUCAACCUGAACCACCGCGAGAAGAUGACCAUCCCCGACCUGUACUUUGUCAACCUGGCAGUGGCCGACCUGAUCCUGGUGGCCGACUCGCUCAUCGAAGUGUUCAACCUUAACGAGAAGUACUACGACUACGCCGUGCUGUGCACCUUCAUGUCGCUCUUCCUCCAGGUCAAUAUGUACAGCAGCAUCUUCUUCCUCACGUGGAUGAGCUUCGACCGCUACGUGGCGCUGGCCGGCUCGGUGGGCUGCAGCCCGCUGAGGACCAUGCGCCACGCCAAGCUCAGCUGCGGCCUCAUCUGGAUGGCGUCCAUCCUGGCCACGCUUCUGCCUUUCACCAUCGUGCAGACGCAGCACCGCGGCGAGCUCCACUUCUGCUUCGCCAACGUCUUUGAAAUCCAGUGGCUGGAGGUGACCAUCGGCUUCCUGGUGCCCUUCUCCGUCAUCGGCCUGUGCUACUCCCUGAUCGUCCGGGUCCUCAUGCGGGCGCAGAAGCACCGCGGCUUGUGGCCGAGACGGCAGAAAGCUCUGCGCAUGAUCGUGGUCGUGGUGCUGGUCUUCUUCAUCUGCUGGCUGCCCGAGAACGUCUUCAUCAGCAUCCAGCUGCUGCAGGGCACCGCCGACCCGACCCGCAGGACCACCGCCACGCUGUGGCACGACUACCCGCUGGCGGGGCACAUCGUCAACCUGGCCGCCUUUUCCAACAGCUGUCUCAACCCCAUCAUCUACAGUUUUCUGGGGGAGACCUUUCGGGACAAGUUGAAGCUCUUUGUCAAACAGAAGGCCAGCUGGUCGGCCGUCGGUCUCCAUUUGGGACCUUCGGUCAGGACUGAUGUGUCGCAGGUAUGAAACAAUACCUCCCACUUAUGCCUCGUGCAUUCAGUAACCUGCUCACUGUAUGAACAAACCCCCCUCCCCCCAAAACAGGCUCUGUACAUAUUAUUAAUCCCAUUCCCUCCAUCACGUGGAUUACGUUCAACAUCACCCAUGGGAUCAAUCCAUUAAGAAUCAUUCCCGGAAAUGUACAACAGCCGUUGCUUUCUGUAGGCAUAAAAAGCAGAAUUAAAUAAGAUCUUCAGUCCAUCCAUCCAUCCAUCUUCUACCGCUUAUCCGGGGCCGGGUCGCGGGGGCAACAGCUUUAGCAGGGAAGCCCAGACUUCCCUCUCCCUAGCUACUUCUUCCAGCUCUCCCCGGGGGAUCCCGAGGCGUUCCCAGGCCAGCUGGGUGACAUAGUCUCUCCAGCGUGUCCUGGGUCUUCCUCGGGGUCUCCUCCCGGUGGGACAUGCCCGGAACACCUCACCAGGGAGGCGUUCAGGAGGCAUCCGAAUCAGAUGCCCAAGCCACCUCAUCUGGCUCCUCUCGAUGUGGAGGAGAAGCGGCUCGACUCGGAACCCCUCCCGGAUGACCGAGUUUCUCACCUUAUCUCUAAGAUCUUCAGUAACAAUCGAAUUUAGUGUGACACAAAAUAGGACCACCAUCUAGUGGCCAACCAUGGAAUUACAUGCAAAAUAGAGUCACAAACAGUUAAAAAAAAAAAAAACUCUACAAAAUAGCAAAAUCAUGAAUCCGGAACCCAUGAUGGAGGGAGGGAUUACCGUGUUUUUACACCCGUCUAAUCAUUUUAUCAUUCAGGGUAGCCUCAUGCUUUUCUUUCAAUGAUUUCUUUGGCAGCAGCAUUGUGGUCAGAUGCUUCACAACUUAUUCAGUACCAGCCAAUUGUAGACCAAGUCUGAAAAGACGUUUUUGGUAGUGAAUUGAGUGUGAACAUAUCAGUUCUGAGAUUCAAGGUUCAAAUCUGGGCCUCUGGCCUUCAUUAAUGGAGUUGGCAUGUUCUUGCAUUGGUUUUCUCCUGCUACAGCAGCUUCCUCCCACAUUCCAAAAACAAAAUGAAAGACUAUAUCGUCGUCCAUCGGUUGUGAACGUGAGUGCGAAUGCUUGUUUCUCUAUAAAUGCCCUGCGAUUAGCUGGCGACCAGUCCUGGUUUUGCCUUGCUCGCUGCCUCUUUCCUUGCAUGAUCUGCUUGGCUUAAGCACCUUUAACGCAGAAUUGGGCAAUAUUGACCCUGCAAUUUCUUGCCUGGUGAGGCAGGAACAGCAAAUCUGAAACAACAAGACCUCCGCCAAGGCCAAAACUUGUGUUUUUUGGUUUUACCCCAUGGGUGUUGCCAGAAGCUGUUUUUUCCUUGCGUGAUUUGCAAUGCUCUGUGGGCAAAACAAAAUGGGGAUUGGACCACAUUGACCAAGCAAUCGACCUUCUCCAGAGGGAAUAAUCAGAGCCGUAAAAGUGGCAGGCCGACGCCCAAGUAACAGCCUCAAAUCAGAUGCCACCAAAGACCAAAUUCCAAAAAUGUCGGGCUCACUAUUCUGGCUCCGAUGUGGCAAUUUCGCCAGAGUUUUCGCUUGACGCCGGAUGAACUCCAUGACGCAACUGUCACGUUUAUCCAAGUUGUUGUUUUUUUUUUUUCCAUCGUCUCCUGUGGUUUUUCUGUGGCGUUUUCCCAUCAUGUCACAAAGAAAUAUUUUGGAUCCACACCAAAUUUUUCCCUUGCCUAAACGCUGCAAAAAAAAAAAAAAUCAAA